UAUGCUUGCUCAUAAAAGCCAGUUUCCGUCAUCUAAUGUAAAUGAUUCACCGAGCGCAAUUAAAGCUCUGGCGAAUACAUUAUUGUUGGCUUGAGGAAUUUGUCAUGAUUUGUUUUGGCCAGCUUUAGUUGCUUCCCAACAGCUGAGCCGUUUGCACGAAAUGUUUGCGCGUUUGUUUCGUAAUUUCAAGGCAAGUUUUAAGUGUUUCAAAAAGAAGAGCACCGUUCGCAAUGAACAGAAGGAGCUGAACAUCAACCCAGUGCACCAUGUGAACAUACCCAAGGCCACUGCCACCUUUGGCAUGGGCUGCUUCUGGGGAGCCGAGUCCCUGUACGGCGCCACCCGCGGAGUGCUAAGGACGACCGUGGGAUAUGCCGGCGGCAGCUCGGACUUGCCAACGGGCGAUCACACGGAGGUCCUGGAAAUCGACUACGAUCCCUCGGUGAUCAGCUUCAAGGAGCUGCUGGAUCUCUUCUGGAACAACCACGAAUAUGGUCUGACCACGCCCAUCAAGCGGCAGUAUGCCUCCUUGAUUUUGUUCCACGACGAGGAGCAGAGGCAGGUGGCUGAGGCAUCUAGGCUGGAAGAGCAGGAGCGACGGGCUCCGGAGAUUAUCACCACGGAGAUUGCGCCGAAGAACAACUUCUUUGCUGCCGAAGCUUACCACCAGAAGUACAGAUUGCAAGGCCACAAGGACCUGGCAUCCUCCCUGAAUCUUAGCCCCCAGCUGCUGCAGUCCAGUUACGUGGCCACCAAGCUGAACGGCUACUUGGCCGGUGUCGGCGGCAUCGAGCAGUUCAAGUCUGAGGUGGAGACCUUCGGCCUGACCCCAACCCAGCGCCAGUACUGCAACUACCAUGUCGAGCAGAACGAGGGCCAGGGACUCUACUGCUGACAUGGUCGCCUGUGCAUAGAUGUUAAGCGUAGAUCAUACACAUAGGGGGGUCAUUUUCUGAUUUGAAUUUGUUCAAAACAAAAGCUUGUAUUAUGUAGAUUUUAGGGAAUAUUUGAAAAAAAUAUACAUUUUAUUAUAAUAAUAAAAAAUAUCUCAAAAUAAA